AUGCGUGCAAUCACAGUUUCCUCGUGGGGUUCUGCCCCUCAGUUCACCUCCUCACACCCCGACCCUGCAUCUUCUUCGGACACCGGUGUCACUCUCAAGGUCCUCGCAAGCGGCCUCCAUCAACUCGUCCGUUCACAAGCCGCUGGAACCCACUACAGUACAAAAACAUCCACCGUGCCGUACAUCCCUGGCGCCGAUGGCGUCGGCGAGACGCCGGAUGGCCAACGCGUGUACUUUAACAGCAUCACAACCGGUGGAGGGUUUGCCGAGUACAUCACCGUGCCGAAAGCCAAUGUCUCGCCGAUUCCGAAAGGUGCGGAUCCCGUCGUGAUUGCUGGGCUGACGAACCCGGGAAUGUCGAGCUGGAUGGCCUUUGCUGCCCGCGUUGAACCACCACUACCGCAGAAUUUUACGGUCGUGAUUGUGGGAGUUACGGCGAUUAGUGCCAAAGUCGCCGUCCAAUUUGCGCGUGCCAGAGGUGCGGGUAAGAUCAUUGGGGUGGCGAGAAAUGCAAAGGAGAUGGCUUCGAUCCCCGACCUGGAUGAACGCAUCGUCCUGGCCAACAACCCCAGUGAGACGGAUUUUUCGUCCCUGACAGAUGUCGAUUUAAUCCUAGACUAUCUAUAUGGUCCCGCCGUUGCCGCACUUCUGGACCAACUCAAAUCCGCCGUCCCUACGCAAUUCGUACAGAUUGGCACUGUGGCCGCGACCGAUAUGGCAUUACCUGGGGCAAUACUGCGGAGCAAGAACAUCACCCUUCGCGGGGCUGGCCCAGGAGCUUGGGCUAUGUCGCAUUAUGCGAAGGAGGUGCCGGCGUUGCUGGCAGCGGUGGCCAAGCUGCCCGACAUGGAUCUGAAGGUGAGGAAGUUGGAGGAAGCCGAGGCUGCGUGGGCGGCGAAGAAAGAGAGGACUGUGUUUGUGCCGUGA